GUUAAAUACGCUCAAUUUCUGGAUUUACUAAAUCCGGGAUUCAGGACAGAGAGACGGUAUUUACGAUUCUCUAAGAUUUUUAAUGGUGUCAUCUUGGCUGUUUGUCAGGACUUAGCACUUAGUCUGGAGAUGAAGGCUUCCAGGAAGAGGAAGGCGCAUCCAAAGGCGGAGGGUGAGGAAGGUGGUGUCAAUACCAGCAACGAGCUUCCCAAGGAAUUGGGUAAGGGUAACGCUAAUAGAAGGAAGCGCGUAGGAACUAAGCUUACUCAGAAAACCGAGUAUUUCGAGGAGAAACGGAAUCUGGAGGAUUUAUGGCUAGCUGCAUUUCCUGUUGGGACUGAGUGGGAUAACAUGGACAAACUUCGUGAGAUCAAUUGGAAAUUUUCCAACUUGGAGAAUGCUUUUGAGGAGGGUGGGGAGCUUUUCGAGAAGAAGGUGUACUUGUUUGGCUGUACUGAGGCUCAAAUGCUAAAUGUAAAUGGCGUGGACAAGGUCACUCUCAUCCCGGUUGUGGUUGCAGUGGUUUCUCCUGUUCCACCCUCUGAUCAAAUUGGCGUGAAAUCUGUACAGAGAGAAAAAGAAGAAAUUAUUCCUAUGAAAUCUAUGAAAAUGGCUUGGAUGCCAUAUAUUCCAUUGGAGGAUAGGCAAAGUCAUUUGGAACGAUUGCACACUGAAAUUUAUACAAUUGGGUGCACUCAGAGAAGGCAGGUCUACUAUGGAAGCUAUAGUUCUCAAGGAAUCCACCAGCUAGAUGUCGAAGAAGCAGUGAGUCAUGAAGUAUCGAGCCAUCAGGAGAGGGAGGCUUAA